AUGAUAAGCCUUAUUAGAAAUAGGGAGAAGAAGAUAGAGUUUCCUCCUCAUAUACCUUGCCUAGCUCAAACUCAAAAUCUUGCUUCUCACGUGUCGUAUGUGUUGAAAAGAUACUACACUGACGAGGGAUGGUUGAUCAUCAAGGAACAGAAAGUGAAACAUCAUGAGUAUUUUAAUGCACACAGAGAGAAUGAUGAGCAAGUUGAAAAAGUAAAAGAAGAAGAAGAAGAAGAGGAGAUUAACAAUGUUACUAUGGAUAAUGAUUUUGAAGAAGAAAAUAUGGGCAACACUCAAGAGAAUGUUGUUGUUAAUGAUGAUGAUGAUGAUGAGGUUGUUGUGGAAAAUGAGAAUGAGAUAGUUGGGGGUGCAAAUAGUAAAGGAAAUUAUUUGAACUGCAAAAACAUUAUUCUAUCUUCGUCUUCUUCUGGAAUAUUUAGGGUACUUCCUGUGUAA